GAACAAGGGGGAAAAAAGCAGGAAGAGUACUGCGGAUUUAGGAUGGACCGGAAAGGACUUGUUGCAUAAUGGAAGAACCUGCCUCUGAGAAAAAGAUGGAGAAAGAGAAUUUGGGGCCAAGAAUGGAUCCUCCCUUAGGGGAACCGGAAAGAUCGCUUGGAUGGGUGCUACCAAACACAGCUAUGAAGAAAAAGGUACUAUUGAUGGGCAAAAGUGGAUCUGGUAAGACCAGCAUGAAGUCUAUUAUCUUUGCAAAUUAUAUUGCCAGAGACACACGACGACUUGGUUCAACAAUACUAGACCGUUUACAUAGUCUUCAAAUUAAUAGCAGUUUGAGCACCUACUCUCUCGUAGACUCUGUUGGAAGUACAAAGACAUUUGACAUAGAACAUUCUCAUGUUCGAUUUCUGGGUAACCUGGUAUUGAACCUGUGGGACUGUGGUGGACAGGACACCUUCAUGGAAAAUUACUUUACUAGCCAGAGAGAAAACAUCUUUCGAAAUGUGGAAGUUCUGAUUUAUGUCUUUGAUGUGGAAAGUCACGAACUGGAAAAAGACACACACUAUUACCAGUCAUGCCUGGAGGCCAUUCUGCAAAAUUCUCCAGAUGCCAAAAUCUUUUGUUUGGUGCACAAAAUGGAUCUGGUACAGGAGGAUCAAAGGGACCUGAUAUUUAAAGAGCGAGAAGAAGAUCUUAGGCGUUUGUCCCGCCCAUUGGAAUGUUCUUGUUUCCGAACAUCUAUCUGGGAUGAAACUCUCUAUAAGGCUUGGUCCAGCAUUGUUUAUCAGCUGAUUCCCAAUGUUCAGCAGCUGGAGAUGAACCUAAGAACUUUUGCUGAAAUUAUUGAGGCUGAUGAAGUGCUUCUAUUUGAGAGAGCUACUUUUCUGGUGAUUUCUCAUUAUCAGUGUAAAGAACAGCAUGAUGCUCACAGAUUUGAGAAAAUCAGCAACAUUAUUAAACAGUUCAAAUUGAGUUGCAGCAAAUUGGCUGCUUCCUUCCAGAGCAUGGAAGUCAGGAACUCUAAUUUUGCUGCUUUCAUUGACAUCUUUACAUCCAACACUUAUGUCAUGGUUGUGAUGUCUGAUCCAUCCAUUCCUUCUGCAGCUACUCUGAUCAAUAUCCGCAACGCCAGGAAACACUUUGAAAAGCUGGAAAGAGUGGAUGGACCAAAGCAGUGUCUUCUCAUGUGUUAAACAUUGUCAAAUGUUUCUGAAAAAAAAUCGAAAUACUGUUUCCUAGUCUUAAUGUUGUAUAUGUAUAUGUAGGCCCUGGAAAAUUGUGAUGCUUAAUAAUUCUGUAUUCCUUUCCUAUUUCCCAGUCUUUAAAGUUGAGUGCAGACUUAGAGGAUAAAUUGUUCAUAAAGUUGGUAUUACAUAAAGUAGUGAUAUGUAUAUGUUCUGACCACAAAGUUUUGAUAAAGUAAGUAUUCUGGUAUCUUGGUUCUAAUAGUUGCAUAUGCCAAAGCUUUUCCCAGUAUCUACUUAUGUUUCUUAUCAUAUAGAAACCUAUAUGAUUGUAAUAUUACUGUUUUAUUAAUAGCAUUAAAAUAUUCUUUAACAUCAGUUGUAAAUAAAUCGCUGCUGUAAGGGA